GAUGAGUAACUCCCGGAACAACCGGGUGAUGGUGGAAGGCGUCGGGGCCCGGGUAGUGCGUGGGCCGGACUGGAAGUGGGGGAAGCAGGACGGCGGCGAGGGCCAUGUGGGCACGGUGCGGAGCUUCGAGAGCCCGGAGGAAGUGGUGGUGGUGUGGGACAACGGCACGGCCGCCAACUACCGCUGCUCCGGGGCCUAUGACCUGCGCAUCCUGGACAGCGCGCCCACCGGCAUCAAGCAUGACGGAACCAUGUGUGAUACCUGCCGCCAGCAACCAAUCAUUGGCAUUAGAUGGAAAUGUGCAGAAUGUACAAAUUAUGAUUUGUGCACAGUUUGUUAUCAUGGAGAUAAACAUCAUUUAAGGCAUCGCUUUUAUCGAAUUACCACACCAGGAAGUGAGCGGGUUUUGUUAGAGUCUCGUAGAAAAUCUAAGAAGAUUACAGCAAGAGGAAUCUUUGCAGGUGCCAGAGUGGUACGAGGAGUAGACUGGCAGUGGGAAGAUCAAGAUGGAGGAAACGGGCGGAGGGGAAAGGUCACAGAAAUCCAGGACUGGAGUGCAUCAAGCCCACACAGCGCAGCCUAUGUUCUCUGGGAUAAUGGUGCUAAGAACCUCUAUAGAGUUGGCUUUGAGGGAAUGUCUGAUCUGAAGUGUGUCCAGGAUGCCAAAGGAGGUUCUUUCUACAGAGAUCAUUGCCCUGUGCUUGGUGAGCAGAAUGGCAACAGAAAUCCUGGUGGAUUGCAGAUUGGAGACCUGGUGAAUAUAGAUCUUGACCUAGAAAUUGUACAGUCUUUGCAGCAUGGUCAUGGAGGGUGGACUGAUGGAAUGUUUGAGACUUUAACUACAACUGGAACUGUUUGUGGUAUUGAUGAAGAUCAUGACAUUGUGGUACAGUAUCCAAGUGGCAAUAGGUGGACUUUUAAUCCUGCUGUUCUCACUAAAGCAAACAUUGUGCGAAGUGGAGAUGCUGCUCAGGGUGCAGAAGGGGGUCCCUCACAGUUUCAAGUGGGUGACCUUGUGCAAGUUUGUUAUGAUCUGGAAAGAAUUAAACUUCUACAAAGAGGACAUGGCGAAUGGGCUGAAGCGAUGCUUCCAACUUUAGGUAAAGUUGGCCGAGUACAGCAGAUUUAUUCAGACAGUGAUUUAAAGGUGGAAGUUUGUGGAACAUCUUGGACUUACAACCCAGCAGCAGUUUCCAAGGUGGCCUCUGCAGGAUCAGCCAUUAGCAAUGCAUCUGGUGAAAGACUCUCACAACUCCUGAAGAAAUUAUUUGAAACCCAAGAAUCUGGUGACCUCAAUGAAGAAUUAGUUAAGGCUGCUGCCAAUGGAGAUGUUGCCAAGGUGGAGGAUUUACUAAAAAGACCGGAUGUGGAUGUGAAUGGGCAGUGUGCUGGCCAUACAGCUAUGCAAGCUGCUAGUCAAAAUGGACAUGUUGACAUCCUGAAGUUGCUUUUGAAGCAAAAUGUGGAUGUAGAAGCAGAGGAUAAAGAUGGAGAUAGAGCGGUACACCAUGCAGCCUUUGGAGAUGAAGGUGCGGUUAUAGAAGUACUACACCGAGGCAGCGCUGAUUUGAAUGCUCGCAACAAGCGCCGACAGACACCGCUUCAUAUUGCUGUUAAUAAAGGUCAUCUUCAAGUUGUGAAGACGUUACUGGACUUUGGUUGUCAUCCCAGUCUCCAGGAUUCUGAAGGUGAUACCCCUCUUCAUGAUGCAAUAAGUAAGAAACGUGAUGAUAUCCUGGCGGUUCUUUUGGAAGCUGGAGCAGAUGUUACCAUCACAAACAAUAAUGGAUUCAAUGCUCUACAUCAUGCUGCCCUGAGAGGAAAUCCCAGUGCAAUGCGUGUUUUGCUGUCUAAAUUACCCAGACCAUGGAUUGUAGAUGAAAAGAAAGAUGAUGGUUAUACUGCCUUGCAUUUGGCUGCUCUUAACAAUCAUGUAGAAGUGGCUGAACUUUUGGUACACCAGGGUAAUGCCAACCUGGAUAUGCAGAACGUGAACCAGCAGGCUGCCCUCCACCUUGCUGUGGAGCGACAACACACCCAGAUUGUUAGGCUUUUAGUUCGUGCAGGUGCCAAGCUGGACAUUCAGGAUAAGGAUGGAGACACUCCUCUGCAUGAGGCUCUGAGGCAUCACACUUUGUCUCAGCUGCGUCAGCUGCAAGACAUGCAAGACGUGGGGAAGGUGGAUGCUGCCUGGGAACCGUCCAAAAACACAUUAAUCAUGGGACUUGGUACCCAGGGAGCAGAGAAGAAGAGUGCAGCAUCUAUUGCAUGUUUCCUGGCAGCAAAUGGUGCUGAUCUUAGCGUUCGAAACAAGAAGGGUCAGUCACCCCUUGAUCUCUGUCCCGAUCCAAGUCUUUGCAAAGCACUGGCAAAGUGUCACAAGGAAAAAGUCAGUGGUCAAGUGGGUUCUCGGAGUCCUUCUAUGAUUAGUAAUGAUUCUGAAACCUUAGAAGAGUGUAUGGUGUGCUCAGACAUGAAGAGAGAUACUCUUUUUGGCCCAUGUGGGCAUAUUGCCACCUGUUCUUUAUGUUCUCCACGAGUCAAGAAAUGCCUCAUCUGUAAAGAACAAGUUCAGUCCAGGACAAAGAUUGAAGAAUGUGUGGUAUGCUCUGACAAGAAAGCAGCUGUUCUUUUUCAACCGUGUGGACACAUGUGUGCUUGUGAGAACUGUGCCAGUCUCAUGAAAAAGUGUGUGCAGUGCCGGGCAGUGGUGGAGCGAAGAGUGCCUUUCAUCAUGUGCUGUGGAGGCAAAGGUUCAGAAGAUUCCACUGACGACAUCACAAGUGGGAAUAUUCCAGUGUUACAGAAGGACAAGGAUAAUACCAAUGUCAACGCGGAUGUGCAAAAGCUGCAGCAGCAGUUACAGGAUAUUAAGGAGCAGACAAUGUGCCCUGUGUGUUUGGAUCGUCUGAAGAAUAUGAUCUUCCUCUGUGGCCAUGGAACAUGCCAGCUCUGUGGGGAUCGCAUGAGUGAAUGUCCUAUAUGUCGCAAGGCUAUUGAACGAAGGAUUCUUUUGUAUUAACUGAAAAGCGGUGUGUUUUGUUAACUAAGGGAUGUGUGAUCAUGAGAUCUCAGUAAGCCGUUUGGCAGUUCUAAUGAAUUAACUUCUGAAAUCAGAGUUUCUUUACUAGAGUGUAAUUAAACUGCAAUUAGAUGAACAACAACAAACUACAAAGCAGUAUUUGAAGGCAUGUGGAGUCUUUUUGUGUGUGUUAUUUUUCCUUUAAAUUUGAAACAUCUGAUCCAUGUAAUUUAUAGAUAAUUUACUUUUGGCUUCUAAGAGAAAAUCCUUUAAGGAUCUCCUGGUUUUGGUUUUGUGUGUGUGUUUUUUCUCUGGUUGUGUAUAAAUUCGUUAAGACCACAGAAGACAUUAUUUCUUGUGUUCAGUCAUGAUUUAGCUGAGUGAAUUAGUGCAGGUAUUCUGAAAAGUCAUUCAUGAAAUUAAAGGGGCAGGUUGAACCAUUAUGUAACACGUGUAGAAUGAUAAAGUUGCAGGAUAAGUUCCAGAUUGUAAAGGGGAUAUUGAAGGGAAAUUUCUUAAGAUAAUAAGAAAUUAUCCAGAUGUUUGUUUAUGAAUUCCUAGAGCAAAUGGAAGCAUAGAAUGAGACAUAGUGACUUUGUAUUUGAUUUACUUUAUAGCUUUAAAAGAAAAGUAGCUUUAAUUUGAAUUAAAUUAUGUGUUUCAAAAUGAUUGUUAGAAAUAGAAAAAAAGAGGAAAAUAAGCAAUCAUAGAAUCAUAGUGGAGAAUUCAAGGGGAAAAAUAAGAAUACUUGUUAACUGACCAUUGUUACUUGCAUUUCCCUUACUAAUUUCCACCUGUUUGGUUCACCCAGCCUUUAAAAGCCUGUCUGUAAAGGGAAUUCCUGUUUCCCUCGUGGUUCAUCUGACCAGUAACAUGAUGGUGCCUGUUUGGGCCCCUGAGAUAGUGAUUGUAUUGGGUAAUGGAUUGUUCAAGACAGCAAUCUUUUCUGUGCUGUAUCUAUUAAUUCUGAUAGUGUUACAGAUUUUACCUUUGUCAAAAAGCCUUACUUCAAGUCUUUCUCAGACAGAAAAUCUAACUGAAAAGAUGUCUUUGUACCUGCAGAUGACGAUAUUAUACUGCAAACAAUAUCCAAGACAUAAUACAUAACUAGUAAAGCGUGUCAGGGCAUUUGCACAAAUAUGUCUGAUUACCUGUAGAUUUUCUGUUUUAUAAAUUUUGACUAUGACAUCUCAUGUCCCUUCUUUUGAGUGAGUUGAUAUUAUUGCAUCUAAGGUAACUACACAUAAAUAUUUUAAGAUUUCUUGCUGCUAGAUCAUCAGAAUGUCUGCUGUUAGUGUCUACUUGUUAUCGUUCAUUAGCUUACUUCUCAUAUGCAGUUAUUUCCUAUAUUUCUUGUAGCUUUUUCCCAUUGUGCAUCUGGCUAGAAAUUCCAGCUUUUCUGCAACAGCAACUCAGUUUAAAAGUACAGUCCCUAACACUCAUCACACUGUGUUUGGGCUGUUCAAUCGCUGCUGUCUUCCCAAUUCCAGUGAAAGCAGCGGUGAGCUUUGCCAGCUGGUUUUGUAGUCUCAGUGACUUCCUAUUUCUGUUUAUCUGAGUAACUGAGCAUUUAGUAGAACACUAAAAAUGUUUGUAAAUUGCAGAUUUGAAACUUUGUAUUGACUUUACACCAUUAUCUAGUAAGGAGCCACUGAGGCUUUUUUUAUAACUAUAUUUUGAAGUUAUAAAAAGAUUGAACAUGUGACUAAUGCUGGUCACACAGAGACAAACAUACUUAUUUUCUUGCAGAUUUGAAAACAAAUGAUGUCGGGAUUUUCCUUUUUUUUCCUCCCCCACCAAAUCUGCUCUUGAGGACAUCCGGUGGUGCGGAGGGAACACCUGGCUGACUCAACGCUGCGCCUGGCCAGUCAGUGAAGGGAGAGGCACAGCUUUUCAGACUGGUCCUCUGUUUAAUUUGUCUUCUGAGCUGUGAUGGUAAAACUUAAGCUCCUAAAAUGUAAUACCAUCUUUCAGAUUAGUUCAGCUAUUUUUUUCAAAUUAAAAAUUAACAACUUUAUACUAUAGAACUCAUAAAAUCAUUAUAACUUUACUACUCAGUAGUUGUGACUGCCUACUUUUUAUCAUUUUCAAAUGUAUUUUAUGAUAGAAAAGAUUUCUCUAUUCAUGUUUUCUAGCACCUAAAAUUAUUUUCAAUUUGUUGGGGUUUGUGAGAGAGAAUAGGAUUACAUUUGCUCUUAGCCAGAAAGCUGAGAAGCAAUGAAAAAGAAAGAACUCAAAUGAUGUAAGUGAUUUUCCUCCAACUCUGAAGCUGCUACCUCUUAUUCUGUGUCUCCUUGCAGUACUUUCUCUGGUGUGUUUUCUCCUCAUUAACUGAACCUCUUUAUCUCGUGCCUCAAAGAUCUUUAUUUUUCUGGAAUCAAUAAUAAAUAAAUGAACAACUCAGCCAAACAACAUUCAUUCAUUCAUUCA